GAGUUUGAGUUACGUCCCUUGAAUCAGAAACAAAAAUGGCGCCGUGUUUCAAGAAGUUGGGAUACCCGGUGCUAUCAAGCCAUGCAUUGACCUAACCUUUUAUCUUCCCAACAGGUUUAUGUAAGCUGGUGCACGACAGGUCGAACUCAACAUAAUAAGGUUUUACAAGAUGGAUACGCCAGAAGACAACACAGCAGUAAUCCGCAUGAAGAGGGACUUUGACAGCUUUCUGUCCAAUACAAGUCGACAAGGACUUCCACGGUUUGAUCUGGAUCGCAGCCUAGAUAUGUCCCUGAAUCAAUCCUCACAGUCAGCUCUGUCCAUCAAAGUCCUGCUUGACAGGGAAAAGGAAGGAAGAUUGAAAGAUGCUGAAAUGGCUGCUUCUAAAAGCAAAAUUUUACAACUGCAGUCUGAGGUUGAUCAUAUGCGAACAUCUUGUAAAAGGGCCAAAAUUGAGAUGGAUUUGAAUGUUGGUAACAUGAAAGGAGAUAGGGAGCGAGAGGAGGAAAUGAUGAAGGAACUGAAAGCCAAACUAAAGUACAUGUCUGACAAGGAGAAAAAUCUAAAGGAGGAACUUGAGGCCUGCCGAGGGGAGUUGAAGCAGAAGAAUGCUGAGUUUGAGGCGAAGAUGUUGGCCCAGCAGAAAGAGAAAGUACAGAAGCAGCAGAUGCUACAACAGUUGAGAGAUUCAUCAAAAACUAAAAUCUUUGAGCUGCAAAAUGACCUGAUGAAGUGCCAGACAGAAACGCAGCAAGCCAAAGUGGAGGUGGAGCAAACCAGUGAACAGUUACAACUACAGUUAAAGAGAUCAGCUGAUUUGUCAUUGGAGCUGAAGGAGUUAGAGGAAUACAGAAACACUGCUCAGCAAGCUGAACACAAGAUCAAGAUGCUGGAACAACAGGUGAGUAGGAUGUCGGAGGACGCUAUAAUGACCCAGGCAAUGAAAAGUCAAAUCAUCUCUCUCCCAGCUUUGGAGAAGGAAGUCAGGAAACUUCGAGAGGAAAACGAGUAUCUUAGGGGUACAAAUGAAAACAACCUCUUACUGAAAGAACAAGCAGAAAGUAUGAAGAAGAAAUUGGAAAGGUUAGAACAGCGUACAGAAGAGUUUGCAAAAAUGGAAGUUGAAAAUACAGAAAUGAAGCAUCGUCUUGAGAAAUGGGAGUCUGUAGAUAGUGACGGAGUGAGAAUACAAAAUCCGACCCAGAUGAGUCAGAGGAUAGCACAUCUACAGGAGAUGAACGCUGUACUGCUGGAGAAACAGGGCGAGCUGCAGAGCAGCUUCCACCUAGAGGAGGAGAACGGCAGAUGUCUACAGUACAAGUAUGAGAUAUUACAGAAACAACACGAUCAGGACAAGAUCAGAUCACAACAUCUCAUGGAGCAGCUUAAACGCUUCCAGCGCAAACUUCUUCUCUUCUCUAAGGAAAGAGAUGGGUACAAACAGAUCAUAGAUUCCUAUGAGAGUGAACUGACCAGUAAUAUCGGGUCACUGACCACAAGUCGUGUCCAGCACCUGGAGGGAGUCAUCGAUGGCUAUAGGAAACAGGCAGAGACUCUGGAGGCUACUAUCAGUAAACUGACACAGAAGCUGACUGACUACAAAAUGCAGGGUAGCCAUAAGGAUACAUCAUCAUCAUCAUCAUUAUCUACUGAUGGCAAUGGAGUGGUUCCAAGGUCUCAUAUGGACAAUACUGACCAGAAGAUUAUACUGCAGCUUAGAGAGAGGAUAGAAACAUUAGAAAAACAACUGGAGAAGACAGAGGAGGAAAAAUACAUCCUUGAGUCUAGAAUGGAACAGAGACACCUCCAGGGCGACUUUGAUCCUACCAAGACAAAAGUGCUACACUUCAGUAUGAACCCAGUGGCUUUGGCACAGGCUAAAAAGAAGGAAAUCAUCACAGAACUGACGGAGGAAAACGAGAAAUUAAAACACCGCCUGAAGCUGCUAGAAGAAUCGGAGGGGAAGGUAGAUGACCUCACUAUGCAAGUUGAACAGAAGAUGGAGGAACCUUGCUCGAGUAAAGAGAUUGAUGGUUUGAAGGAGCAAUUGUCUAGAGAAGAGACCAAGAAUAAGAGACUCAUGGAGGUGUUUAAAAAGACUAGUCAGGAAUUUCGGGAGGUGUGUUACCAGUUGACUGGCUACAAGAUUGACAUUUUGUCGUCCAAUCAGUACAAACUCACGAGUAUGUACGCUGAAUCACCUGAGGACUUCUUCCUCUUCCAGCAAAGUUCCAGUGGGGAGGUACAGAUGCUGGGAACAGACUUCUCUAACACUCUGGAGGAGGCUAUAGAACUUUACCUGGCUAAACAGGACAGUAUUCCAGCCUUCCUCAGUAGUAUUACACUCAAUCUGUUCAGCAGACAGACAAUGAUGAUUGGCUGACCUUCACCUACAGUGACCUUGAUGACCUUCAACCAAAAUACUUCAUUAAGCGUGUAACAACAGACACUAUGAUGACAGGCUGGUCUACACAGAGAAGUGACCUUCUCAGUUAAACUUACUUUUGAACGCCAGUUUAUAUAGUGGAUUAUGAUUGGCUGACAAAAGGAAAAAUCUUCACAGCAAGAGCCAACCUUAAGAGUUCAGUGGAUAAGCUCUGGUAGUCAGAGCUCCAUAGGUGGAACAUUCAAGAUCAGAAUGACCUCCACAGCUUCACUGACCUUCAAAUGACAUGUGACUUGUGAAUCAGUACACUAAUAGGAACUACAUUAUAACUCCUUUGUCGUGUUGCCUGUGUUAUAGAUUUUUAUCACACAAAAUCCACGUAUAGAAUUCUGAUAAUACAGGUAGAUGCACUUGAAUAGACAAGAUCAUGAUAUCUGUUCAGCUGUAUGCUUUAUAUCUUAUUUCUCAAUCAAAGAUUAUGGUAGACACGUGUUGAUCUACAUGUGAAAACUGGUAAUUUGGUCCUGAAAGAAUCCUGUCCAUGAUAGUGAAUUCCCAGUACAGAAACAUUAACCUUGACUUCCGUCACUUACAUCAUAAGCUUCAUAACUCUUUUUCAUCUUCAUCCCAUGCUUAAUGUCUCUUUGUCAUCUAAAUCACAAGUUCGAGUUCUCAUCCCAUGGAACUGUGAAUCCCAGUUUCAUGAAAAUAAUUCCAAUUAUUUUUGCUGGUUUGAAUAUGCAACAGCACAGUUGCAUUAUACAUGUUAUAACAAAUUGGAUAAUGGAAUUCAUGAUUGACUUUUUACUGACAGGAAUUCACACACAAAAUAGAUCUUGUGAAACGUGAUUUACAGUAAAACCAUGAAGAUUGGAAAUAACUCUUUAGAUCAUCAUUGGGAGAGAAUUCUGCUAAGAAGUUCUUUUUCUACUGACACAUUAUUGGUGUUAGGGUAAUCAUAUUUAUAGUAGAAAUCAGAUUCAGAGCAAACAUUGCAAAGAAUUGUGUGCUAGUUGAUGAUUGUCACUAAGGGGCAUUAUCAUUUAAUGCUUAACCCAUGUCAAUCAAUGCAAAUGAGCUUAUGCUAUAAGUGUUAUAAUAGACAUUACUGGAAAGCAGAUAUAUAAUUUUCAUGGAUGUACUUCUUGAGGGAAUCGUUCUGAAUUCUUGAUAGAUCAUAUAAAGCAUGGUGUCAUUAUUUUACUCGAUAGAAGCCGAUUGCUUUUAUAAAAGUGAUAUGUGGAUGGAA